AUGUCUAUAUUCCUUUUCAGGUUACGUCCAAGAAGAUGAUCUGAAAGAUGAGGAAGACAUAAAAGAAGAGGAAGAGGAUGAUGAUGAGAGCAAUUCAACGGCUCAUCUUCAGGGUAGCAACGACCCUGGAACAGAUGAAGAACAUGAGGUGGGCCCUGAUCCAAAAGGAAGCUUCAGCUACCAAAAUUCCCCAGGGAGUCAUAUCUCCAAUCAGGAUGCAGAAAACGAAUCCUUGCUCAGUGAUGCUAGCGACCAGGUGGCAGACAUUAAAAGCCUCUGCUCCAAGGAGGCAUCAGACUCCAAAGGCAAUAUCCAUCCCAAACAUCCAACAGAAGCACAUAGCUGCAUGGAUAAAAUGACAGCUGUCUAUGCUAAUAUCCUUUCAGAUUCUUACUGGACAGGCUUGGGACUGGGGCUCAAGCUGUCCACUUCUGAUAAGAGGGGAUGUGAUAAUAGAAAUGGAGCAAGCAAAAGUGACUUUGAUUGGCAUCAGGAUGCCUUGACCAAAAGCUUGCAGCAGAGUUUACCAGUCCGGCCCCUCUCCAAGCCGAACCUUUUCAGCUCAGUCCAGCUGUACAGGCAAAGCAGCAAAAUGUGUGGAACUGUAUUCACAGGUGCUAGCAGGUUUCGGUGUAGGCAGUGCAGUGCUGCCUAUGAUACCUUAGUGGAGCUUACUGUCCAUAUGAACGAAAGUGGCCAUUACCAAGAUGACAACCAUAAAAAAGACAAGCACAGAUCUACCAGCUAUUCCAAGCCCCGGAAAAGGGCCUUUCAGGACAUGGAUAAAGAAGAUGCUCAGAAAGUUCUGAAAUGUAUGUUCUGUGGUGACUCUUUUGACUCUCUUCAAGACCUAAGUGUCCAUAUGAUCAAAACAAAACAUUACCAAAAAGUGCCUUUGAAGGAGCCGGUACCUACCAUAUCUUCCAAGAUGGUAACUCCAAAUAAGAAACGUGUGUUCGACAUUAAUAGGCCUUGCUCUCCAGAUUCGACCACUGGAUCGUUUGCCGACACAUUUUCUUCUCAUAAGAAUGCCAAUCUUCAGCUAUCAUCUAACAAUCGUUACGGCUACCAGAAUGGUGCCAGCUACACGUGGCAGUUUGAAGCGUGCAAAUCACAGAUUCUCAAGUGCAUGGAAUGCGGGAGCUCCCACGAUACUUUGCAGCAACUCACAACCCACAUGAUGGUCACGGGUCACUUCUUGAAAGUCACGAGCUCAGCUUCCAAGAAAGGGAAACAACUUGUUUUGGAUCCCUUGGCUGUGGAAAAAAUGCAGUCGCUUUCUGAUGCGUCAGCCACUGACAGCCAGCAUUCGAAACCCUCCAGUAAUUCAUCAACUGAUUCUACAGCUCCGGCUUCAGAGCUAAAAAAGGAAAGUAAGCAAAAUAAAUCUGAGGAAGCAAACAAAGAUGAAAAAGUGAUAAAAAAUGAAGACUAUGAAGAUGUUCUUCAAAAACCACUGGACCCAACAAUGAAAUAUCAGUAUCUCCGGGAGGAAGAUUUAGAAGAUGCUUCAAAAGGUGGUGGAGACAUUUUGAAGUCUUUGGAAAACACUGUCACCACAGCCAUCAAUAAAGCUCAGAAUGGAGCACCCAGCUGGAGUGCGUAUCCCAGCAUCCAUGCAGCAUACCAGCUCUCUGAAGGAACAAAGCCUUCCUUACCGGUGGGAUCCCAAGUUUUGCAAGUUCGACCAACAGUCAGUAAUAAACUGAGGCCUAUUGCUCCAAAAUGGAAAGUGAUGCCCAUAGUACCCAUGACAGCUAAUCUAGUCCAGUGCAGCCAGUUGAAAAAAGAAGGAGACCCCAAGAAGGAAGCUCAUAAGGACUACAUUAAAGAUGGCAACAAGACAGACAUGGUUCCUCCAUAUCAGAAUGAAGGAGACUCUCCUCCUCAGGCUGAGAUGUGUGUAGAGUCCAAAAAGUCAGAGCUAAGUCCUUUGAAGGAGGAACACAAGACAAAGGAAGAGGAGGAAAAAAUAAAAACAAAGGAUUCUGUGACAUCAUCUCUCAGCAAUGGAUGCCCUACUGGGAACCACACUUCAGAGCUGCCUGGUUUAAACCCACUCAGUGCCCUGCAGUCUGUGCUGAACAACCAUUUGGGCAAAGCGAAUGAGCCUUUGCGACCUCAGUCAAACUCCAGCCCCAGUUCAAGUUCAACGUCUUUGUUCCACAAACCAAAUUUAAAUAUAAAAGAGAAGCCUGUUCUGUCUCCUGCGUCAACGCCAGCAAAACCUGCCAAAGUUACAUCGAGGCAUUAUGUGUUUGAGAGCAACGAUCAGCCAAUUGACCUGACAAAAUCAAAGCAUAAGAAAGGGGAAUCUGUCCAGGCUCAAUCUUGUACUUCCCCACCUCAGAAGCAUGCUCUGUCUGACAUUGCAGACAUGGUCAAAGUCCUUCCCAAAGCAACAACUCCAAAACCUGCUGCAUCCUCCAGAAUCCCAUCAAUGAAACUGGAAAUGGACGUUCGGCGUUUCGAAGAUGUCUCAACCGAAGUCUCCACUUUGCAUAAAAGAAAAGGAAGGCAGUCCAACUGGAAUCCUCAGCAUCUCCUGAUCCUUCAGGCCCAGUUUGCAUCCAGUCUCUUCCAAACAUCAGAGGGUAAAUAUUUAUUGUCAGAUCUGGGCCCUCAAGAACGUAUGCAGAUUUCCAAGUUUACUGGGUUGUCCAUGACUACCAUCAGCCAUUGGCUGGCGAAUGUCAAGUACCAGCUCAGAAAAACUGGGGGGACAAAGUUUUUGAAAAACAUGGACAAGGGACACCCCAUCUUUUAUUGCAGUGACUGUGCAUCUCAGUUUAGAACCCCAUCAACAUACAUCGGCCAUUUAGAAUCCCAUCUAGGUUUCCAAAUGAAAGACAUGAACAAGCUGGCUGUGGAGCAGCAAACCAAGGUAGAGCAAGACAUUUCCAGAAUUUCAGUUCAAAGAUCUCCUGAAACAAUAGCUGGAGAAGAGGACACAGACUCUAAGUUCAAAUGUAAGUUGUGCUCUCGGACAUUUGUGAGCAAACAUGCUGUCAAACUUCAUCUAAGCAAAACACACAGCAAGUCACCAGAACAUCAUUCACAGUUUGUAGCAGAAGUGGAUGAAGAAUAACUCCUAAGGUAUGCAUGCCUUAACUGCAAAAG